GUUAAGACAGGAAUUACUUGAACGAAGUAGGAAGGAAUAAAGGGUACGUCAUCUUGGUAUUUAUAAAUUAUCUCUAGUACUGCGGAACGGGAGCGCGCACGCAGCUGUCUUCCCAGACAAAGUAUGAGAGGUGGAGGUACAGUAAGAAUCUGCCAUCUAUGCUGACACAAUUUAAUUAAACAAUCACAGACUUAGGGGACGCGGACAGAAACUGGAAUCAAUAUACCAUCUACGGGAAGCACUUUAAUCACUAAUUACACUAGCACACCUUUGUGCAACAGAAGGUUGGAUAAUUUCUUGAAAGAUUGGAAAAAACAGAUUUUGCCAAAAUAGGUCACAUGUCAGUAUAGGUGAAGUUAGCUUGUAACUGGCAGUAUUUCUGAAAUUUUAAACUGCAGUUACUUCCAAAUGUAAGCAAUAACUAGAGUACUAGCAAGUAAGCUGUAAAAUAUGUUUAAUGACCCAGUGGUCAUACUUUUGUAACUGAGGUAUUUGCAUCAAAAUCAGAGUUAGACCUGUUUAAUUAAAGAUCUAAAUUUCAGAAGGGGCAUACAGUUUAAAAAAUAUAUUAUUUAUAUUUGAGACAAAGGCAUACUAAAGUUAUAGAACACACAGACUUACUAAAGGUCAGAGUGCAUUCAGUGUGGAAUCUGUGAAAUAGCUGAAUCUUUAAAAAACACAUAUUUCGAUGGGGAACUUUGAAUUUGGGUUUAGCUACCCCCCCUCUACUAGCUAAUCCCCAGCUGGAGAGCUGCUGAGAGAAAGAGCAUCAGAACCUGACGGAGCGCAGCAGCACCGCCAGGACGAUGGCGUCGGUCCGCUUCACCGUGACGCCCACCAAAGCCGAGGACGUGCCGGGCCUGUCAGACACGUCGCCAGACGUCAGCUCCAAGUCGAGUGGCCGAGUGCGCUUUGGGUCGCGGGAGAGCGUGAGUCGCAGCGAGCCGAUCAGCGAGGCGUCCGGGGCCGUCACCACCUCCGCCGGGACCACCGGGGCUGACACCCCUGACCGCAGCAACGCUGAGCAAGGAGAUGGCCAUGCCAAGGUGUCCAGCGUGUACAUUAAUAACUCUCACGGAGUGGAUGAUGAUGACUUCUAUGACCGCAACCUGGCUCUGUUUGAGGAGGAAAUGGACACCCGGCCCAAGGUGUCCUCUCUUCUUAGUCGCCUGGCUAACUACACCAACCUGACGCAGGGAGCCAAGGAGCAUGAGGAGGCCGAGAGCAUCGGAGAAAAGAGGAAAUCCAGCAAGUCUCCGCAGAUGGGGACCUUCAUGGGCGUGUACCUGCCGUGCCUGCAGAACAUCUUUGGGGUGAUUCUGUUUCUGCGCCUCACCUGGGUGGUGGGGACAGCGGGAAUCCUGCAGGCGCUGUGUAUCGUAUUCGUCUGCUGCUGCUGCACUAUGCUGACUGCUAUUUCCAUGAGUGCCAUUGCUACCAAUGGAGUGGUGCCAGCGGGGGGGUCGUACUUCCUGAUCUCCCGCUCGUUGGGGCCUGAGUUUGGGGGGGCCGUGGGGCUCUGUUUCUACUUGGGAACCACCUUUGCUGCCGCCAUGUACAUCCUGGGGGCCAUCGAGAUUCUGCUGAUGUACAUUGCCCCGGCAGCCGCCAUCUUCCAGGCGCGGGAUGUGGACGGGGAGGGGCCGGCCAUGCUGAACAACAUGCGCAUAUACGGCUCCAUCUGUCUGCUGCUUAUGUCAGUCCUCGUCUUCGUGGGCGUCAAGUACGUCAACAAGCUGGCGUCCAUCUUCCUGGCCUGCGUCAUCGUGUCGAUCCUGUCCAUCUACACCGGCGCGCUGGUCUCCGCCUUCAAGCCGCCUGCCUUUCCGGUUUGCAUGCUUGGUAAUCGUGCUCUGUCGGGGCACGCGGUGGCCGGCGGUCACUGCGCUAAGACUGUGCUGCAGAGAGAGAGAGCACAGGAGCCGGCCAAUCUGACACUGAACGAAACGGCCUCGCCCGUGACGGUGGAGAGCCCCACCCGGCUGUGGGAACACUUCUGCAGUGGGUCGCAGGUCAACGCCUCCUGCGACCCGUACUUCAGCCUCAGCAACGUGUCGGAGAUCCCGGGCAUCCCAGGGCUGGCCAGCGGCGUCAUCGCAGAAAACAUUUGGAGUUCUUACCUCAGCAAGGGGGACGUGCUUGAGAAGAAGUCCCUCCCCUCCCCGAACAUCCCUCACCCGCCAUCUAACCGGCUGCCGUAUGUCUUUGCUGACAUCACCACCUCCUUCACGCUGUUGGUGGGAAUCUUCUUCCCCUCUGUCACAGGUAUCAUGGCCGGCUCCAACCGCUCAGGGGAUCUGAAGGACGCUCAACGCUCCAUCCCCAUUGGCACGAUCCUGGCCAUCCUCACCACCUCACUCGUCUACCUGAGCAGUGUGGUUCUGUUUGGAGCCUGCAUCGAGGGAGUGGUCCUGAGGGACAAGUUUGGAGACUCGGUGCGGGGAAACCUGGUGGUGGGCACGCUGUCUUGGCCCUCCCCCUGGGUCAUUGUGUUCGGCUCGUUCUUUUCGACGUGCGGCGCAGGUCUCCAGUCGCUGACAGGAGCCCCGCGGCUCCUGCAAGCCAUUGCCAAGGACAACAUCAUCCCCUUUCUGAGGGUGUUUGGGGCAGGUAAGGCAAAUGGGGAACCUACCUGGGCUCUGCUUUUGACAGCUCUGAUCGCUGAGCUGGGAAUCCUCAUUGCCUCUCUGGACCUGGUGGCGCCAAUCCUGUCCAUGUUCUUCCUGAUGUGUUACCUGUUUGUAAACCUGGCCUGCGCUCUACAGACACUGCUGAGAACUCCUAACUGGAGACCACGCUUCUCCUACUACCACUGGGCUCUCUCAUUCUUGGGCAUGACAAUCUGCCUGGCUCUGAUGUUCAUGUCGUCAUGGUACUACGCUAUUGUUGCCAUGGUGAUUGCUGGAAUGAUCUACAAGUAUAUAGAAUAUCACGGGGCAGAGAAGGAGUGGGGUGACGGCAUUCGAGGUCUGUCUCUCAGCGCAGCUCGCUACGCCCUCUUGAGGCUGGAGGAGGGACCACCGCACACCAAGAACUGGAGGCCGCAGCUGCUGGUGCUGCUGAAGCUGGAUGAGGACGCCCAUGUGAAGUCCCCGCGGCUGCUCACCUUCGCCUCCCAGCUGAAGGCCGGGAAAGGCCUGACCAUCGUGGGCACAGUGAUCUCAGGAAACUUCCUCAACAGCUAUGGAGAGGCGCUGGCUGCAGAACAGACACUGAAGCAGCUGAUGGAGCAGGAGCGGGUGAAAGGCUUCUGCCAGUGCAUCGUGGCGCAGAAGCCCAGGGAGGGAAUCAAUCACAUGAUCCAGUCCAGCGGUCUGGGCGGUAUGCGCCACAACACCGUGCUCAUGGGCUGGCCCCACACCUGGAGGCAGAGUGAGGACCCUCACUCCUGGAAGACCUUCAUCCACACGGUGCGUGUGACAACAACAGCCCACCUGGCCCUGCUGGUGCCCAAAAACAUCUCCCUGUUCCCUGGGAACACCGAGCCCUGUGCCGAAGGCUACAUCGAUGUGUGGUGGAUCGUGCAUGACGGAGGCAUGCUGAUGCUGCUGCCCUUCCUGCUCAGACAGCACAAGGUGUGGAGGAAGUGUAAGAUGAGGAUCUUCACAGUGGCUCAGAUGGAGGAUAACUCCAUCCAGAUGAAGAAGGACCUAGCAACCUUCCUGUACCACCUGCGCAUCGAGGCUGAGGUGGAGGUGGUGGAGAUGCACGACAGUGACAUCAGCGCGUACACCUAUGAGAGGACCCUGAUGAUGGAGCAGCGGUCCCAGAUGCUGCGGCAGAUGCGGCUCUCCAAGUCUGACCGAGAGCGAGAGGCCCAGCUGGUGAAGGACAGGAACUCCAUGUUGCGCCUGACCAGCAUCGGCUCUGAUGACGAUGAUGACACAGACGGGGCGGAUCGGACGGCGGGCGGAGAUCACAGGCGCGUCCACAUGACCUGGACCAAAGAGCGGGCGCUGCAGGUCCGAGCCCAGUCUGGCUGCAGCACUCCCGAAGGGUUCAGAGACAUGCUGAGCAUGAGACCGGAUCACUCCAACGUGCGCCGCAUGCACACUGCUGUCAAACUCAACGAAGUCAUCGUCAACAAAUCCCAUGAUGCUCGGCUGGUGCUGCUCAACAUGCCGGGACCGCCCAAGAAUCCCGAGGGGGACGAGAACUAUAUGGAGUUUCUGGAGGUGCUGACAGAGGGACUCGAGCGUGUCCUAUUGGUCAGAGGUGGAGGAAGUGAGGUCAUCACCAUUUACUCAUGA